AUGGCUGGGGGCAACCUGACGGUCGUGACGGAAUUCAUCCUCCUGGGCUUCUCUGUGCGGCCUGGGCUGCGGUUCCCGCUUUUCCUGCUGUUCCUGGCCAUCUACUUGGCCACCCUGACUGGAAACUCACUCAUCAUCCUGGUCACCACCGUGGAUGGCGCUCUGCGGAGCCCCAUGUACUUCUUCCUACGCAACCUGUCCUUCCUGGAGAUCGGUUUCAACCUGGUCAUUGUCCCCAAGAUGCUACAGACGCUGCUGGCCCAGGAUCAGGUCAUCUCCUUCUGCGGCUGUGCCGCCCAGAUGUACUUCUUCUUCUUCUUCGGGGCCGCUGAGUGCUGCCUUCUGGCGGCCAUGGCACUGGACCGCUACGUGGCCAUCUGCGACCCCCUGCGCUAUCCAGCGGUCAUGGCGCGGGGGCCGUGCGCCCGGCUGGCGGCCGCCUCCUGGCUGGCCGGGCUCCCCGUGGCCACCGUGCAGACCACGUGGAUCUUCAGCUUCCCAUUCUGCGGCCCCAACCGCGUGGACCACUUCUUCUGCGACAGCCCGCCCGUGCUGAAGCUUGCCUGCGCUGACACCUCCUUGUUCGAACUGGAGGCGCUCACAGCUACCGUGCUGUUCAUCCUCUUCCCCUUUCUCCUCAUCCUGGGCUCCUACAUCCGCAUCAUCGCCGCCGUCAUCCGCUCGCGGUCCGAGCGGCAUCGGGCCGUCUCCACCUGCUCCUCCCACCUCCUUGUCGUCUCGCUCUUCUACAGCACGGCCAUCCUCACCUACUCACGGCCCCGGGCCGACGCCUCCCCCGGGAGCCGGAAGCUGCUGUCCCUGUCCUAUACGGUGGUGACCCCGGUGCUGAACCCCAUCAUCUACAGCCUGCGCAAUGGCGAGGUGAAGGCCGCGGUCCGCAGGGCGCUCCGCCGUGCCAGCAGAUGGGGACGGAUCUGGGUCGAGGAACUAACUCCCCCUCCAUAUGAUGAUAGCAUAUGCCUGAUUCCCUGGCAGAGACUGAGCCGGGCGGCGGAGCUCCUGCUCCACAAACCCACCUCCUUCUUCUCCCUAGACACCCACCAAUGCCGUCUCCUGCAGGUCCAACACCACAUUUCCAGGGAGUUUGGCUACGUGGAUCUCUGUCUGUUGUCCCACCGGAAGGUGCCCGGGACCGGGGAAGAACAACAACACGGAUUUGUGUCUUCCCAUUUGGGUCUUUGUGGCCUACGCACUGGGAAGAACAUUGAAAAUAUGGAUGCUGGCACUGGGAACAGCAAUAAAGAUAGGGAUGCCGGCAAAAGUGGAGACUGGCUUCAUGCUACAAACCCCAGAUAUGCAGGGUUCAACUGUGACUCCCAGAAUGACCGAAGAGAAACCAACCGGUCCUUGGGAUUCUUCCAGCUGUGUGUCGGGCCCAGAGUGAGCGACUGUAUUCAGCAGAGGAUUUGGUGUAAGAGAAUGAUUUUUCCCUGUAAAUUCAAAUCCCCUCGGGGAGAUGUCUUCUCCUGGGACGGCACGGCCGGCGGCCCCCGGGCCGAGAUAGGAGGGGUCGGAGACUUCCGGAGGAGGAGGGCUCCCCGGUGA